CAAACUUUCUCAGUGUCUUUGCUGUCUCCCUUUCAGGAAGUCCUGGUGGGAGACUCGUCCCAGAGUCCUGGAGGUACCUGAAAACUUCCUUAAGCUGCAGUUGCUGUGCCGGCUUCCUAGGACAUUCAUCAGCUGGUCCUGUCACCCUGCCAGGUCAGAGGAGCUGAUGCGACCGGGAAACAGGCAGGAGCGGAGCAGCGGUGUGGAGCGGGGGUGCAUUUUCUGCCUCCACUCUUAUAAUUCUGUCGUGGAUAUCUUAGCAUUUCAGGAAGUUUGAGAUUCUGUGAACUGGGGUUGAAGGUGAUGCUUUAAUUAGUUUUGUGGUCGCCAGAAUAUUUUUCUAAAAUAACCUCGUAGAUCCUUGGCCGCAUCUGUAGUUUGUACAGCAGGGUUUUCUUUCAAAAGCCUUAGUAAAGUUCUUCGAGUUCAAAUUCAUGGAUGCUUUCUUAACUCCCCUGUUCCUCCGUUUGCCGUUCCAUUUCCCUUUCUCUAGCGGACCGAAUAGGUAUUCCAAGAGAGCUUUGUAGAUCUUUGACAUAUGAGGAACCAGUGCAGAUUUGAUUGAAUUAGAAAAUAUUUGUUAUAAAGCCGUUUCAUAUGGCUGUAAAUGUAAACAUUUCCUGAGUUAAGUUAUAGUCUCCAUUAAUUUUACACUGAGGUAUAUGCAGGCUGUGAUGUAAACACAGCAUUCAGAAGUGUGACUUCAUAGCCUUCAUAGGUAUAUUUAUAAAUGGAAAUCUUACUCUAGAUUGAGACAGAAUUAGACAGCACCUUUUGAAUUACCCACUUAAGUUAAAUGUCUCCUUGGUUCAUGAAAAGCUCUCUGACCAUGCACAUUCAUGGUUUGUUGAAUUCUGCAAUGUUCGUUCACUUCUUGCCGGUGUGGGAAUGCUUAGACCCUGCACUCGGCUUUUUUCAGAGCCCUCUGGUUGGAGGAGUUCAACAGUCUGGAUUCUGUGGGACACAAUAGUUUUCUUGCAGUGUUUCUUUCUCUUCCUCAGUGCUGCUUGGAAAAGAACUGUGCAUGAAUGUUAACUGUGUGACUACCUGUUACAUCUCAUAGGGAAAACUGAAAUCCUCAGAGAAAGAGGCAUUUUCAUGAUAUCUUCUCUUUCCUUCAUACUUAUCCUUUUGCUACUUGUUCAUAUCUUUCAUGUUUGUCUCAUGAAAAGUUCCAGGUUCUUUCUCAACAAUAUUUUCCCAUUUUCAGGUCUCUAUAUGCUCAGCCAAUCUCCAUAAUUGCAAAUCAAAACUAGGAGCCCUGGUCGGUAAAGGCCAAAGAGACUUCUAACAAAGGAUCCAGGAUUUUUAAUUUGGAAGGUUUUGCUGGCCUCAUGAGCAGCUAUGUGUGGUUCAGAUUGUUCUCCAUUGAUUGUGUGAGUAGAGACUUACUGUGUUCAUGAGGAAUCAUUCCUACUUUUCAGGUACUCAUUCAUUCUUCACAAGAAAAGUUUUAUUUCCUAUGACCUCAUGAAAAAUGUAUGUAGUGUUCUCUUGUGCAUGUUUCAUUCAGUUUAUUGUCUACAUAUGAUUUUGACUAAAAAACAUGUUUUAAUGAAUAGUGACAUUCAACUUACCUGUACUACUGUAAAUACUAGUAGCUACUUUUCUGAAUUCAUCACUACAGUUAGCAAUUAUUUCCCUCAGGGCCUGAGCAAUAUUAUUCCAUGCUCUCCUGAUUUUAAUCUAUGGAUAAAUAUUUUUACUGCUAGGCUAGAAUGCUAUGUUCUUAAGAGUCCCAGUAUCUGAACACUACAUAUUGCUAUUUGAGUUUAUCUACUUUAAAAAGACUGGGGUGAAACAAGUGUCAGUAAACUUUGACUGAAAGGCUCGAAAAUACAGAAUUAUGUCUUUUCAGAAUCAGGUGUGUAUUUGAGGAAAAGUCAGUUCCAAGGGUUAAAGUUGAAGCCCUAGUGUUGAUGAUGACUUCAUGAUGGAAGGAUGCAAAACCAUGGGCUGUCCUUCCCAUCCUAGAAUGAGCUCUUGCUCUGUCUCCAUGAAAUGGAAAAUGUACUUUUCCUGUUUUACACAUAGACAAAAUAGUUCCAUGACACACAUUCAUUUUCUGUAUUCACUAUUGUUGGAGCUAAAGCCCAGCGUCUAUCACUGGACCAGGAAUUUAUGAUCUAUUGCUGUUAGAAAUGAAAACCAUGCUCAGCCUGUGUCACAGGCUCAAAUCAUAAAGUAACAUGCUUUGCAAAAAUUCCCUGAGUACUCCAUGGAAAUUCAUGUAUUCCUCUGCCCACCUUUUAUUACCCACUCAAUGCUGUCCUCAAAUGCCCGGGGCCUCAAUUCUUACAUAUUUUAAAUUUAUGACAGCAUUAUUUUUUCCCUGCAUCUCCAUUUUCUGUGGUACAUAAAAUCCUGUUGUCAGUAACUUUUCUAUCAUAUAAACUAGGGAUUAGGCUCAUUUUUUCAUCCUUAUUACAAUUGUUCACAAUAUUUAGAGAGAAACAUUCUGGUACUAUAUUUGCAUUAUCUGUUUUCUUUGCUAUUGUUGGUAUUUAGAGCUCUUAGAGUUUACUUUAAUCUGUUGUCUAAGUCCCCUAGAACUUGCAUUUUUAGGGGAACGGCUUUUGCACAUGAAGUGCCCUAGUGCACUUCCACAGUUAACCUGUCUUCAUUCUCUGUGCCAUCUCUUGUUAUUCAUGUUUUCAUUAUAUCCUUGUGUUUCAUGUAUGUUCUGAGGCAGGUUUUGGAUGGGUAUCCACACUGUCAUAUAUUCAUAAUUCCAACUUCUAUGGUAAUGACCGUGUGUGUUUCCACACCUCCACUUCCUCCAAUUUUUUCAGCCUUACCUGUUUCCCCAGUGCAUGCUGUUUCCUCAGCACUCUCCUAAUUGGCAUCUUCCCUUUACCAACCACAUGUGUCUGACUUAGCCUGAAAGCAUCACCGUGCUGUGGUGUACACAGAACGAUAUAAAUGAUUUCCUAGUAUUUCUACAUAUAGCCAGUGUGUCAGGUAUAAAUUCACUUUUGGGCCUAUGUAUCUUUAGAGUGACUUUUGACAGCUUCCAGUGCCAUGUGUGUAUUUCCUUAUUAGACUGACUCUGUUCAAAUCAGUAAAGUUUCUGUUACCUACUUGUCCUUUUACACUGGCAGACAUCCACUGUCAGAGAGGUUGGUGUUUCAGCACAAGGGUCAGCACCUAGGGAGAGCCAUUGGUGACUCUUACACCCAGGAGCCUACAGAGCCCUUGUUAGCAGUUUGUGUGCUAAACCAGCAUAUCCAAGAUCCUUUUAGAGAUUGAGUGGUCUUCUUACUUCUCAGGUUAUUGUUUAGGAAUGUAGAAACAAAGUGAUAUUUUCUUGUAUUUUUUCUAUAGAUUAUCAAAUGAAUUAUCAGAUUGGUGCAUUCUUUUGGGAUAUUUGUCGCUCCUGAGUUGAAGAAUUCUGUUUCUUGUAAUUUGAGAAAACUUGCCUUCCUCAUAUCCUUAUUUGAACAUUGAAAAUAUUGUAAAUCUUACUCGCCCUUUGUAAGCACUGCUGUUGUGUGAAAGGUUAGUGUGCAGGCUGUGCACACUAGUGUGGAUGACAGUACCACAUUCCCUUCCUUGUCUCUUUCUCUUUUUAAGAUUUAUUUAUUAAUUAUUAUGUAUAAGUACACUAUUGCUAUCUUCAAACACAGCAGAAGAGAGCCUCAGAUCUCAUUACGGAAGGUUGUGAGCCACAAUGUGGCUGCUGGAAUUGAACUCAGGACCUCUGGUAGAGCAGUCAGUGCUCUUUACCACUGAGCCAUCUCUCUAGUCCCCUGUUUAUCUUCUGAGUAGAGUAGAAUAAUGACAGCUGUCUUCCGUUUUUGUAAAGGUAGGUUUUGGAUGUUGGUUAUUAUCUUCAUUAGUCUGAGGGAUCCUCCUUCUCUUCUACAUUCUUUUUUUUUUUUUUUUUUUUUUUUUUUUUUUUUUUUUUUGGUUCUUUUUUUCGGAGCUGGGGAUUGAACCCAGGGCCUUGCGCUUCCUAGGCAAGCGCUCUACCCCUGAGCUAAAUCCCCAACCCCUCUUCUACAUUCUUUAGAACUUUCUUCGUGAUCCACUGUGAUAUUUUGCCUUUGGGUCUUUGUAGAUUUAUUGACAUGGUUGUGAGCCUUCUCUCACUGAGUGUAUGUAGAUUGUGCCGUGAGUUGUGUGGUUUGUUCUGGUUGAAACUGUCUUGCAUAUCUGUCAUGAAAUCAAGUCCAGUUCCCUUUUUGCAGCAAUUGGUGAGAAACUUUUUUCAAUGUACACUGGAGCUCCUGGACUGCUAUUAUUUUCUUUGUGCAUAUGUUUAUGUUCAUUUGCUUUUGGAUCCAGGUAAAGUCAGCUUUGUGUGAUGACUGUAUCACAUUCCCUUUCUUUCUGUAUUCUGUAAUAUUCACUGUGCAAGAUUACUGUGGGAUUUUCUAAAGAAUUCAGUGCUGCAUCUGUUUACUUCUAAGACAGUGUUAGAAGGAACACUGAGGGCCUGGGUUUCUGCACUUGAUUAUUGUUUGGCCUAGUAUUAUGACAUAGAAUGUUUACUUAGUUGUUCCUUAGGAAAUUACUAUUUUCUUCAUCAAUUCUUAUUAAUUAUAUAUGAUUUUCCUGACACUCCAUCAUCUGCCUUUUCCCAGUAUCAGUCUAAUCUUCUGAGGCAGGGGCAUUGAAAUAGACUAUUCAUAUAUCAAUUAAAUGCCAGGAUGUCUAACGUGGUAGACAUAAGGUCAAUGCCAUACAUUAAAAAUGCUGAAUAUUUGCUGAAUCCAGGGUCAUGAGAACUUUGUGUACUAAUAGUAUCUCGAUAUGAAGGGUGAAUUCUUAUGUGUUUAUCUAUACAUAAACAUAUGUAUGUAUAUUUGCAUGUAUGUGUAUGUAUAUGUAUUGGUAUAUAUACCAGAAGACCCAUGUCACACAUUCUUUAACCUACAGGAAUGUUUGCCAGAAAGGAAAUCCUUAACAGCAAGUCUCCACGAUGCAGAUAUAUGCAUGCUCGAGAAGAUUUUCCAACAGUGAUAUUAUAUUAGCAGAUUUGGUAUAAUGAGGGAAUCAUUCCAAGAGCAUGCCCUUAAAUGGUUCAUCUUAUCCCUGUGUAUAUGUAUUUUCCCUGGCAGCCAUCACUGAAGUCUACCAGACCUCCUUCUUGAUCUUAUUUUGACAUUGCCUAGAACCCUUGUUCUUAAGCUUUGAGUUGUGACCUCUUUGUGGUCCAUUCACACUUUCACAGGGUUUGACAAAGACUGACCAUCAUAAAACCCAUAUUUUUUAUGGUCGUGGGAACUGAUACACCACUCUUGUUAUCAAUCUGCAUGUGGGUCUGAAACAUGUAGAUAUAGCAACUUUUGAAUUCCUGGAACUAUAAUAAAGGUUUAGCACACCAUUAAAAGUGGAGAACAAAUGGCUUAAAGUUUCAGAAUAGUAAAUUUUAGUUGAAGACAUUUCUGGCUUUAAUCACAAUACUCUACAUAAUAAUGCAUUCAUGGAGAUGUCAAGGGAUCAAGAUCAGUGCAUCAAAAUGUGUCACGGGCAUUAGGAAACAGGGCCAUAUUGAAAGGAAAAGAAAGUUGGAAAUUGAAGUUUUAUGUCAUGAACUAUUGAAAGCCUUCGUAGAUGCUGAUGAAAAUGGCUAUACCUAAAUCUGAUGACAACUUAUUCUUUUGUAGAACCCAUGAUAUUUGGCAGAUAGAAUCUUUGUACUCCAAGACUAUAGGAUACAUAUGGAAAAUAGAUGUACUGUAUCUGCUUGGUAAAAAGAAGUCGAACUUCACCAACGUGUCAGCUUUUAGUUUUCAAACCUGGUUGUGAAAUUUCAAGAAAACUUCCAAUAUUUGAAUCUGUGAGAAGAACAGCAAAAAGAAUGAGUGUGGCUCUGGGAAACACUCUACAGGGUUUCUUAACCUUCAAAGAUGUGGCUCCAGAGUUCACACUAGAGGAAUGGGAAAGUCUCAAUUAUGCUCAGCGGGCACUGUACAUGGACGUGAUUUUGGAGACGUACAACAAUCUAUUGUCUGUGGAAAAUAAUCUAAUAGGUGGAAAACAUGGGAAUGUCUUAGAACAAGACACAGAGUGCAUUGUCCAUGAGCAUAUGAAUAUCCAAAAGAACUUUUGUAAAUGGGAUGAAAUUAGCAAAAUGACUCUUGAAUCCACCCAAAGUACACCUUAUAAAACUCAUCUCCGAGAUUCCUCCCUUCAGUCCUCAAACCUGAAAAGACAUAGAGCUGGGAAAAUGAGAGAAAUUUACAAAUAUAAAGACUGUGUACAAUUUUCAAAUGAAUGUGCUAUCCUUGGUGUAAAUUCUGGAAUCCACAUAGAGAACAAAGAACACAAAAAUACAGAAUUUGAUAAGGAAUUUGUCUAUAAACAUAAACAGAUGCUGAAACAAGACAUUAAUGGUAAGAACCUUCACCAAUGUAGUACAUGCGAUAAAUGCUUUGCCAGAAAAAGGAAUCUUCAUUUGCAUCAAAGAAUUCAUUCAGCAGAGAAACCUUACAAAUGUAGUCAAUGCGACAAAUAUUUUGCCCAACAAUCGUGUCUUAUGCGUCAUCAAAGAAGCCAUUCAGGAGAGAAACCAUACAAAUGCAACCAAUGUGACAAAUUCUUUGCCCAAGUGUCCCAUCUUAGUAUUCAUCAGAGAAGUCAUACAGGAGAUAAACCUUACAAAUGCAGUGAAUGUGACAAAUGCUAUACUCAGAAAGGCACUCUGAGAAGCCAUAUGAGAAUUCAUACAGGAGAGAAACCUUACAAAUGCGAUAAAUGUGACAAAUACUUUGGCAGAAAAUCCCAUCUUAGAGUGCAUCAGAGAAUUCAUACAGGAGAUAAACCUUUCAAAUGCAGUGAAUGUGACAAACGCUUUACUGAAAAAGGCCCUCUGAGAAACCAUAUGGGAAUUCAUACAGGAGAGAAACCUUUCAAAUGCAGUAAAUGUGACAAAUGCUUUGUCUACAAAUGCAGUCUGAGGAUUCAUCAGAGAAUUCAUACGGGAGAGAAACCUUACAAAUGUAGUCAAUGUGACACAUAUUUUGCCCGACAAUACUGGCUUAUGUGUCAUCAAAUAAGCCAUACAAGAGAGAAACCUUACAAAUGUAACCAAUGUGACAAAUCCUUUGCCCAAGUAUCCUAUCUUAGUAUUCAUCAGAGAAUUCAUACAGGAGAUAAACCAUACAAAUGCAGUGAAUGUGACAAAUGCUUUCGCUACAAAGGCAGUCUGAAAAUUCAUCAGAGAAUUCAUUCAGGAGAGAAACCAUACAAAUGCAGUGAAUGUGAUAAAUACUUUAGCCAGCAAGCCAAUCUUAGUAUUCAUCAGAGAAUUCAUACAGGAGAUAAACCUUACAAAUGCAGUGAAUGUGACAAAUGCUUUGGCUACAAAGGCAGUCUGAGGAUUCAUCAGAGAGUUCAUACAGGAGAUAAACCUUACAAAUGCAGUGAAUGUGACAAAUGCUAUACUCAGAAAGGCACUCUGAGAAACCAUAUGAGAAUUCAUACAGGAGAGAAACCAUACAAAUGCAGUGAAUGUGACAAAUGCUUUCGCUACCAAUCCAAUCUUACUAUUCAUCGGAGAAUUCAUAUAGGAGAUAAACCUUACAAAUGCAGUAAAUGUGACAAAUGGUUUGGCCACAGAGUUAGUUUGAGAAUUCAUCAGAGAAUUUGUACAGGAGAGAAACCAAACAAAUGUGGUUAAUAUGACAAAUGCUUUACCCAAAACUACGGUGUUCGUGUACAUCAGAGACUUCAUACAGGAGAGAAACUUUACAAAUGUGAAUGUGACAUAUGCUUUGGCCGACAGUCUCAUCUUAGUAUUCAUCAGAGAAUUUAUUUAGGACAAAAACCUUUCAAAUUUCCUUUAUGUGGGAAAUGCUUUACCCACUAAGUCUUAAUUCAUCAGAGAAUUCAUACUGGAGAGAAACAAUGUAAGUGAACUGAAUGUGACAAAUCUUUUACUCACAAAGUUACUUUGACGAUUGUUCAGAGAAUUCAUCCAGGAGAAUAAAUUUACAAAUGUGUGACAAGUACUUUACCCAUAAAUGCAGUCUUCAAGUACAUUAGAGACUUCAUAGAGGAGAGAAACCUUACAAAUGCAGUGAAUGUGACAAAUGCUUUACCCAAAUGUUAGCCUAGAAAGGCAUCAGAGAUUUCAUACAUGAGAUAAUACUUGCAAGUGUGAUGUACAUGAAAAAUGCAUUAACUACAAUGUAAGUCUGACAGAUUACAUACAGUGGAGAAACAUUAUAAAUUUAGUCAAUAAAACAAUUCUUUACCUGCAAAUAUCGUCUUAAAAUUCAUUAGAUAAUACUUAAAGUAGAGAAAAUUUCAAAUGUUUUAGAGAUGUGAACCUUUUAGCCAAUCUUUUAGAAUCAACAAAAUAUGUACAGGUGACAAUCUGAAGAAAUAUAAUGUAUUUGGAAAUAUCUUUGACUUCAUUUCAGAUCAGAGAAAACGUUUUAAAUUUUUUUUGUGCGGAAGUAUAUCUUGCAAAAAUUGAGCUUCCGCACUAGAGAAUUUGUAUGAUUAUGAAAACUUCAGAAACCUUCAUGCAGUGUUCAAAUCUUAGAAAAUGUCAGGUAUUUAUGGUGAGAAAAACUCUGAAAAUAUGACAAUGUAGGAAAGUCUUCAUUAAACUUUUACCUGUUCACCCUGAAAUAUUACAAGAUGAAGACAUGUGGGGAAGUCAGAAUAAUAUAGUGUUGUGUAACACUUUCAUGGCAACAGAAAUUAUCUAUUUCAAAGGAACUUCACCUCUCAAAAUGUCUAAUAAAACUGUCAGGAUUCUGUAUAUUCAAGUGAUCAAUUCAGACAAAUUAUACUUAAAAAGGUUUAUUUGACAAACUCAGAUACCAAAACUGUUUGUUCUUUAUCCUAUAAAUAUGUCUACAGAUGUUAAGUCUCCUUUGACAAUCCAGUACUCAUAAUUCUUAUUAAAUGCUGGUUUCAUGUUUGAGGAUAACGACUGAGACUGAUUAUGUGUCCUUGUGCUGUGUGGUCAACAACUCCUUCCCCUUUGUUGUGUAAAUAAAUGUGAAUGAUUCCUCAA